AUGCAAGUGCCUCCCCCGUCUACCAAAGGGGGGAAACCCUCUGUCGUUUCCUCAGAACCACCUUUCAGUAUCUUUGAUAAACGACAAAAAUUCAUUAUUGUGGCUAUUGUUACUACCGCGGCGACAUUCUCUGGUCUUGCGUCCAACAUUUACUUCCCAGCCUUGCCUACAAUCGCUAAGGAGUUAAAUGUCUCAUUAGAGCUUAUCGAUUUGACCGUAACCUCAUAUCUUGUCUUUCAGGGACUUGCGCCCAGUCUCUGGGGCCCUAUAUCCGAUGUGAAAGGACGUCGAGUCGCAUACACCUUCACUUUGCUAGUACUUUUUGGCGCAUGCAUCGGUCUAGCCGAGACAAAAAACUAUGCAACACUCAUCAUUCUCCGAUGCCUUCAAAGCACAGGCAGUGCAAGCACCAUUGCCAUUGGCGCGGGUGUCAUUGGCGAUAUCACUAAGCGUGAAGAACGCGGCGGGAUUAUGGGCAUCUUCCAAGGAGGUCUUCUCGUGCCUAUAGCUGUGGGCCCGAUCAUUGGUGGUGCCAUGGCUGGUACACUAGGCUGGAGGUCUAUCUUCUGGCUGAUGACGAUCUACAGCGGCGUAUUCUUAAUGGUUAUACUCAUCUUCUUGCCCGAGACGCUUCGGUCGCUGGUGGCGAACGGAAGCCAGGUGCCACCGGCCAAAAACUUCUGGGUGAAAUAUCCUCUGGUAAUCUAUCAGAAGUUGACUCGUAUUGAAUGGGAUUCGAGUGUGGCAAUUGCACCAGCUGCUAGAAAACGCAUCGACGUCUUGGGGCCGUUCCGCAUUCUGUUUAGCAAACACUCCACGCCUAUUAUUGUGUUUCUCGCCAUAUACUAUGCUGUGUGGCAGAUGAGCAUCACCGCAAUGUCCUCCCUCUUCACUGAUGAGUAUGGUCUCUCGGAGAUCCAAAACGGGCUGAGUUUCAUUGCCAAUGGCGUUGGCUCUAUGGCUGGAACCUUGAUCUCGGGUCAGAUCUUGGAUGCAGACUACCGUAAAGUGAAAGCCAAAGUUGAAUCGCUAUCUGAUGCCGAAGGUCGGGAUGUUUCCCCAGCGGAAAAUGAUUUCCCCCUCGAAAAGGCGCGCCUUCGACUUCUUCCUAUUUUUGCAAUCUUGCAAUGUCUUUCACUGGUUCUGUUUGGCUGGACUAUCCAAUACAGAGUCCAUAUUGCAGUUCCAAUAAUCACGACUUUCAUCACUGGGUGGACUGUUAGCUCCAUUCAGUCCGUUAUCAUGACUUACCUUGUGGACAUUUUUCACGAGAGAAGUGCGGCUGCUAGCGCUAGCAUUAACCUUGCUCGAUGCCUGUUUGCUGCUGGUGGCACAAGCUUUGUGAUGCCUAUGAUUAACGGCGUUGGGGUCGGAGCCACGUUCACUAUAUGUGCUGCUGUGCAGUUACUUUCGCUAAUUGGCCCUUUUAUCCAAUGGAGGUAUGCUGGAGGAUGGAGAAGGGAGGCUGAAGCAAAGAAUACAAAAACUGAUAGCAGCGAGUAG